AUGGAGGGACAUAUUCCUUUACCGAAAGGGCAUUUGCUCAACCUCCAGCCUCGAGCUCGAAACGGCAGACGCACCAAAUUCAGUGACCAAGAAGCAGGAAACGAGCAAAAUGGAGCACAUCCUCCGGGGACCGACCAAAACUCGACCGAGUCGAAAAUUGGAUCCUCCAAAACACCCCAGACUCUUUUGCGAAGGGGCAGGGCCACCAAGCUUCCCAUUCCUAGAGCGUUUGCAGAUAAGGGUACGGAGCAAAGAAGGGAAACAUCCGUCACGCCUCAGACAAAGCAGCAGAAUAUCAAGGUGCAUGGUCAGAUGAAACGGUCCCCUGGUGCGUCGGAUCGUGAAUCACCAAACUCGACAGACAAAGACCGUGAGCAAUAUUGGCGGAAAGUUCGAGGGAAGUUCGACCGGGAACCGCCUACAGCAUCACGGAGCAAAGAUAAACAGAAGGAUUAUUAUCAAGAGGCCUAUAGAAAGAUUAUUUCAUUGGCUAGCUCACCCAAACAUGAAAUGGCCAAACACAAGCAAAAAACUGCAAGUCCAACUACCCGUGCUCAACGAGGUUCUGAACAAGGGGCGAAGUCCAGAACCAAAAUAGCGGGUCCUACCAUCGGUAAUCAAGAUGGCCCUGUGUCCCACUCCAAGGAGCAUUCCGAGAAUCAGAAUGGAUUCCAGUCGAGCAAGGACAUACCGACAAGCCACGAGACCCAUGACACGACUCCUCAAAGGUCCCCUGACAAGACAGGUAACACUACCGACUCAUCCAUUCACUCAUACCCUUCCAUAUCACCAGUGUCAGGCCCUAGUAGCUCGAUGACCGAGUGGGAAGAUAGAUUUGUUGUCAAUAUGCCUUCAGCCAAAGACCCAAACCCGCCGACAAUGAGCGUAGAGCAGAUUGUGGAGUUCCAAAAGAGCAUUGAGAAUGUGCACAAAGAGGGAGAGGCGAUGCUUGAUCCCGACACUCUUCCAAGUCCACGUACCACGACACCGGAGGAUAAUCCGAAUCUGCCAGACCCUGAACGAAAACAGCUUAGCACCCUCGACGGCCAGGACUCACGUUCAAGUCAUUCUGCAGAGGCAGGUGAACAACCGGCAACGUAUCAGUCUGGUCAUAAUCGAUAUUACUCACCUGAUGAGAUUGGGAAACAGCGCUUCAGCACAAUCUGGGAAGAGUCACCAUCGAGAAUAAAGCCGAAGGUGUCCGAUGCUAAUCCGGACGGCUCUUUUUUAGGGUGCAGGGAAAUCAAGGGACCGUACGACAAGAAUCCCGACGAGAUUUUGUUUUUCUCGUCAACCACCGAGCGCCCCAGAGUAGUGGAUGUGUCGACACCAAUGGCCAAGCCAAAAGAUUGGAAGAAGAUAAUGACGCCAGCCCAGCCAACGACAGCAGCAUCGGAGGAAAAGACCGUCGCCCAAGACGAACGGAAGCCAACUUUUCAGAGUUCGAAGCAUGUCCAAUGCUCCAAGCAGUCACCGAAGACGAUGUGUCACGAGACCAUAUGUCAACGACAGGACAAGGCAGAGACGCCUGCGCAUGCCUCGGGGAAAGAGAACACAAACCAUGCUGCCCGUGCGAUAAGAACACAGGACCAGAGAAAGAGCCAUGGGGACGAUGUGUUCAUUAUCACACCCACUAUCACACGCACUAUGGUGAACACAGGGGAAACGAGAGGCGCUACGCCGAAACGUUCGGGCAUACCGCCUCGAAUAGCAGGCGAAACCAUCAAAGAUGUAAGGGCGAAGCCUCAAAUGCACCCUUCACCGUCGGGAUUACGACGAGCGACCCAAAAUUCGUGGGAGAGAUCCAACGCAACUUGGCCAACGCCUUCAUUUUCAAGAGACACUCCCGUAAAAAACGUGCCGGGGACACCACAAGCUCGAGCAGAACUGGGGUAUAUGAGCGCGGAAAGGCGUCGGGCCAUACGUGGGUACAUCCGUAUGCCCGUCAUGGUAAAGUCACGCACAGAAAAUCUCGGUCAACGCAUACAUAAUAAUACCCCACCGAAAGCGCCUGCUGCUCCACCGAAGAAUGAUUAUCAAAUCCCUGCAAGGAGUAUAUCGGACUCGUCUCAGUCCACACCCUCCUCGGGCCAUGAUAUCUCUCCCGCCAGUUCGCUAACGAGGGAUCAGCGAUAUCCAAACGCGCCAACGCAGACCGCUAGAAUUGUUGAGGUAGCCGAAUUGGAUGGCCUACAAGUCGACGAUCCAAGGGAUGAGCAUAAGACAGAUCACAAGGGAAAUGACAAAUCGGGUGGCAAGUACACACACGAAGAGCAUCUUCGCUCGAAGGUUGCUGAUUUGCGUGCCGAUCUACAGACAACUGGGGUACAGGCAAACUACCGGGGCUUGUUAAAUUCAAUUACAAUGAGUCUGAUCAUGGACGUCUUCUUCCUGUCGGCUGCUCAAGCUCAAGGCCUCUUUACGCAGAUAAUAGACAAUCGGCAUUCAAAGACCGUCCUGUUCAAAAUUGCUUUGAACUGUAUUCUGAACAUGGUUGAACACUGCCUGCAUGUUUUCAAGAACCUCCUGCAGGCUUGCUCCAUUUACACCACAACAGGAGUUUGGCCUAGACCAAGUGAGAAAGACCUUGCUCGUUUUCUGACUGAUCUUUGUCAGGUGGUGAUUUAUCUUGGUGUUCUUGGUUCUAUCAUGAUGCUUCUAGGGCGAGCAGUUGAGUAUGUAAUUCUUAUCGGAAGCUGGAUCGUAUGGUUUGUAAGGCCUCUCGGGUGGUUUUUGGGUGCGCUAGGAAGAGUUCUACAGGGUAUGACAAGCUGA